UCGUUAAGGCCAACAUCAGAUCUCUAAAAGCACUAGAACCCUUCUUUCAACUCCUAUCUGCCUCGAACACUUCUCUCUCUUAUCAAUAUCACGAAAUAUUUCUUACAAAAUGUCUGAUGUGGAUAUUCAGCAUGUACAUUCCUUUCCAGGCUUUAAAUUCGAGGAGUUCACGGGGAUCCAUUUCUCUCGAGCAUUCGCAAUCGCCUGUUGGGAGGCAACGAGCAUUUCCGAGGGCAGAGUUCACCGCGCAAUUACUGCAAAAUAUUAAAAUAGCCUUUACACUUGUACGGGUUUUUAUACCGCAUAAAUUGCACCGGUUCAUAUAGUUCCUUACCGAUAGCCUACCAAAAUGAAAUACGCUUAUUGACCAGUGUAUUUCACUCAAACAAUUCGGCUGUUUAAAUCCGAUCGAUUCAACGAAACGUCACGUUUGCAUCGAAAUUUGCAAAAAUAAAACAAAAUGGGGGACCCCCGUUCACGCGUCCAUCCAAAUAUGAAUUAAUAGAAUUAAAUGGAAAUUAAUAAUCCUGCGGAUCGCGUAAUUGAGGACUUGAAAGGGGGAGGGUGCUGCGGGGUGGCUUCCCCCCUUUCGUACUGUCAUUGUCAGCUGACUUAGUCGGGUUCAUCGUCGAUUCAUCGUGCCCGACAAGGUUGUUAUGACUUUUUUAACACGUCGUUACGUACUGUAACAUGCCUACGCCGUCGCUGACACUACAACGUGAACACUCGUGAAACGAAUCCGUCGACGGGGAACGGUUCACGUUCAAUGGGAACGUUGCUCGAACCCACCUGCCUAGCCAUCGUGCCCAAGAACAUUAGUUAGAAGCUCGAGCGGACUGACUGGAAAAUUAUGUGAUAUUUCCAUUCCCCCCUUUGGAUUUUUCAAAGUGAUGGCUUCUAUUUGUCGCCGUUGGAGACUAUGGAUUUUACCAGUCUUAACAUGUCUCUACGCACUGCUCAUCAUUAUCCUGGUGCCUAUUUUAUUGGCGAACUCUAUUAAGACUGGCUUUAAGAAGCAGGAUCCAGGAGCGCUGGUCGGGGGUGCAUUUGUGUUGCUCGCAUUGCCCAUCGCUUUCUAUGAAAUCGUGCAACACAUGAUAUAUUAUACGCAGCCCAGGCUGCAGAAGUAUAUAAUAAGAAUAUUAUGGAUGGUACCAAUUUAUGCAGUAAAUGCUUGGCUUGGUCUGAUUUAUCCAGAAGGAAGUAUACACGUGGAUAGUCUAAGGGAAUGCUACGAGGCAUAUGUAAUAUACAAUUUUAUGAUGUAUUUAUUGGCCUACUUAGAUGCAGACCGUCAGCUAGAACACAGACUGGAAAUCUCUCCCCAAGUCCAUCAUAUGUUCCCUUUAUGCUGUUUACCUGACUGGGAAAUGGGAAGGGAGUUUGUACAUAUGUGCAAACAUGGAAUAUUGCAAUACACUGCUGUUAGGCCUAUAUCAACUUUAAUAUCAUUCAUCUGUGAGCUUAAUGGGGUGUAUGGAGAAGGAGAAUUCAGAACGGACGUUGCGUUUCCUUAUAUGAUAGCUGUAAAUAACUUAUCACAAUUUGUUGCCAUGUAUUGUCUGGUGCUCUUCUACCGUGCCAAUGCAGAAGCCUUAAAGCCUAUGAAACCGGUCGGCAAGUUCUUAUGUAUUAAAGCAGUGGUGUUCUUCUCCUUCUUUCAAGGAGUAAUCAUUUCGUUGUUGGUAUACUUCGAUGUCAUAUCAAGUAUAUUCAACACGAACGAUAUGGAUGAUAUCAGGAAUAUAUCAUCGAAGCUGCAGAAUUUUCUAAUUUGUAUCGAGAUGUUCCUGGCAGCGGUGGCUCAUCACUACAGUUUUUCCUAUAAACCUUUUGUAAAUUUAGCACAAGGGCAAGCAUGGUGGGAUGCUUUCAGGGCCAUGUGGGAUGUCUCCGACGUGCAUAACGACAUAAAGGAACACCUGGGUGUCGUGGGAUCGUCGUUAAGUCGCAGGAUACGCGGUCGCAGUGCUUAUCAGCAAGCUUGGGGCAGCGCCACAGAACGCACGUCCCUUUUACCUGAGGCUCCGGUGACCACGGCCAGAAGUGCACCUGCGUGUUCCUUUUCCGGUUACAACACGGCGGAAAUCGGACAGAACGAUGCCGGUGACCUAAUUCCAGAUACGCAGGAUACGAGUAACACAGUGAAAACGUAACUGAACAGUGAUAAUUAUUUUUUUUCUCGACCACUCAGGAUCAUCGAACGUCAACGUCGUCGUCUCGUUCGGUACUUCAACCCUUUGAGCGCUGAAUGCUCCCAGCCGAAACGUUCCGCUUGGAUUCGUUUUUAUUAAUGAUGCAGUAUUUUAUUAUUUUUAUAAUAACUAUUCCACGGGGCAUAUUUUUUUUCACGCAACUAUACAAUUUGAAAUAAAUAAAUAGAUAUUAGUGAAUGUAUAUAUUUAUUGUUCUAAAUGAUGUGGUCACGUGAGAAAAAAUAUGCUGUGUGGAAUAAUUUUUAUAAAAAUGAAAUACUGCGUUAUUGAUACAUGUUAAAAUUAUUCAACAAAUUCCGUGCGAUCAAGAAGAUCAAAAUACUCAUAUAUACGUCCAUAGCACUCAAAGGGUUAACCCGAGCUAUUAUUUUCUGUAUCGCUAGUGGAUUGUACGGUUAAACAAAGAAGUCUAGUUUUGCAACGAGCAAUCUCCCCCUCCCUUGUGUAUUGUACAAAUUCUUAUUGCCCAGUUCGCCAUUACACAGACACAUACCACUGUUCAUCAUGGGAGGCAACGCGUCGCAUAUAUAAAUUUAAGGAUUUGAUACACCAUACGUCGCUAACGAUAAAUGAGCUGCUCAUUGAACGAAUCAUUUUUACAUGAAAUCACUUUUUAAAUUUUUCUUAAAUUUUACCGUUAAAACGGCUCAUUAGUUCUCAACUUUUUAUAUAUUUAGAAUAAAUUUUCUUAUUAUUAGAUGUGAUACCAGAAAAUAAAAAUCCAAUUGACCAUGCAAAACUUGCAGUAGUAAUAAAAAUUACUUGAGAGUUAUAGCAUUUUAUAUAUUUCAUAUAUUCUUUAGAUUAAAGCUACACCUGUAAUAAUGAAGUAAAAUACAUUCUGUAAUAAUUAUUGAAUUUUCCAUUUAAAGGAAAAUUUUGAAAAUCAAUGUAUAGCUAUCGCAUCACUUUUCUCUACUUUAUGGUUUGUGAAGUUAACCGAUUUGGCUGAAUGAGUGGUUCAAAUGUCGGUCUCGCCUCUCGUCCAUUUAACGAAUACGCGUUUUUUCCUAUUUAUUUGCGGCCAAAUUAUCGCGCUUUCGUGUUACCAAUGAUGUACUACCAAAUAAUUGUAUAUAAGAAUGUUUAUACUUAGAACAAUAUAUCGGUACAGUCCUAUUUAUAACGUUGCGCUAUUUAUUGCUGGUUUAUUGACCUCUGAUGAUACUCGGUUGGACAGAGUCGGGCAUCAUUCGAAAUUACGCGUUAUCGUUAAUUACUCGUUGUUCGUUACGCGCGAACUAUUGCUUAAGAAAUUAAUGUAAUCGACUGAACUCUGACCCUGAGUAUACCGUAAACAAUGAGGAAAAAAGAAAUUUCAAACAUUCCUGCCAAAUGUACAUCGUUAUUUAAUUUUAUAUCAGCUGCGUUGAAUAGGAAAUAUACGAUCAAGAAAAAAGAAAUACUCAGAUCUACAAAUAUAUAUUUUAAUAUAGUAACGACAAAUGAAAAUUGACAAAUUUAACGACCCCAUAGAAAGGGGAAACUCGUCGGGACGAAAAUUUUCCUGUGUCGUUAAUUCAUUGACACACACACACACACUACACACCCCCAUCAUCGUCAUCAUCAUGUUGACCUAUUCCCUCUGUGCAAAAACAGGUGUUAAUCAUUAUAGAGAAGAUUCGAUGAUAAAACAAUUUUAUUUUGUGUACGUUUAGGAAUCGAACGAUGAUUUUUACACGAUUUUCGUAUUCGACCAAAUAAACGUUUACAAACGCUAGAGGGUGGGUAUUGCGGAUUUUUGUGAAGCAUUCGCCUGAGAGGAGUACGAGUUUGAGAUACUUUUAUCAGAUGUCUGGACCAAAGAUAGGAUAUAUUUUAUCUCGGAGUACGUAGCAUCCCCAAAAUUCGAAAGACGAGCGUAGUACUUCUGAAGAACCUAGUAACCUAACGUUGUCAAUUAAGUCCUCGGAGAAGGGAAAAUAUUUUUAAUAUGUUUCUAACGGGUUGUUUGUAACGUUGCAAUGCGUUUGGAAUUAGCCAUUACUUUGGACCUAUGCUAAUAACAAGAAUAAACUUCAUCAGAAUAUGUUGUGAACUUUACAUACAUCCCUUUAUUUUAAUUAAUUUCUUAUCCAUACAACAACGCUUGUUCCGUUCGUCCCAGAAAUUGAGACGGUAUAUACAAAAUUCCUGAUGACCAUUAUUAUUUUCCACUUUAAUUUCCGAGCAUAUGAAAGAAUUAAUAUUUACAGUUGACCCGACGAUUAUGCUGUUAAUAAUACGUGUA